GUAAGCGGGGGAACGGCGAUCGUAACGGCAUAAGUGGUCGCUCGAAACAAGGAUGCCGAGCGUACGCCGCUCCACCGCUGAAGCUUUUCCCUGAGGAUCAUCCUGGAGUCAGUGACCACAGCCUUGGAUAUUAAACCCCUCUCUGUUGACACAUCCAUUGAUCCACUGCUGCUAUUGGACGAUGAAGGACCAAGACACAAUGUCUACAGCAUGACCUGACGCUGCAGGUCUUUCCAAGAUUAUGAAGAAAUGAGUCACAUCUUCUCACUCCUAAUCCAUGAAAUGGCCUUCCACUGAGGUGAGAGACAGUAACCAGGAUGGUGGCGCCCCACUACAGGCUGCACUGCUUCUUGAAGCGGGCUCAGAUGCUGUUGCUCUGCCUGGGUAUUGCCUAUCUGAUGGCAGGCAGCAUCCUUCUGCUGCAGCGCUCCAGCAUCAGAAUAGCCCAGCCAAACCUGGCCAGCCUGCCGCCUCUGCUGUCCCUCGCAGCGCCUCCUACCGCCCUCAGGGCGUCAGGCCUGGGCGUGAGGGCGCGCUCCAGAUGGGCCGCCAUUCAGCCUGUGUCUGCAGCGGGAGCCAAGGCAGGGCGACACUGGCCCGCUUCCCAAAGCCUGGGGGUCCAACACGUGCAUCGCCGCUGGUUUCACAGUCUGCUGCCAGAGAGCCCAGAGCAGAGAGUAUCUCUCCACAGGAACAGCAGACAUAAAGGAACCUACAUGGGUUGCUUUCUGCACAACGCCAGCGAGCGAGCCCUGGGAGGAACCAUGCUUUAUGACCUGCGCAAAAUGACCAGUUCUCUGUGUCAAGACACCUGCUCAGAAAGUGGGUACCAGUUUGCAGGUCUGGAGUAUGGAGCUGAAUGCCACUGCGGGAACCGGAUCAGUAGCCCACAGGCUCCUGAAGAGGAUUGUAGUCUGGUGUGUCGGGGAGAGAGGGGGACUCCCUGUGGAGGUGUAGGCCGACUCUCCAUUUACAAGGUGGAGGAGCAGCUGCCAGGUCACAGAAAGUUCAGAAAUGUUCACUACCGCGGUUGCUUCAAGUUGCCGAAAAGCACCAUCAGCACCUUCCCCGUCCAUUCCUUUCAGCCCAACCUAACCACGCAGUCCUGCAUCGAGACCUGCACAGACAAGGAGCUGCUGCUGGCUGUGUUCAAGAAGCCCCACUGUUUCUGUGCGUGGACGUCCUCUCUUUUCAGUCUCAGCCAGCAGUCUGACAGCCAGCAGUGCGUGGGGCUGAAUCACACCAUCAACGCCACGCCCACAGCACCCACUGAGCAUGACCACUACCAGGUGUAUCACACACCUGUGCUUGACUCCAGGUGCAAAGAGAGGAUGUUUCUGCCUCAGAGAUCCAGCUCCCUGGUGGCUCUUUCUAGUUUUCCUGGUGCAGGCAACACCUGGGUACGACACCUGAUCGAGCUCGUGACUGGCUACUACACUGGCAGCUUCUAUUUCGACGGCACACUGUACAACAGAGGUUUCAAAGGAGAGAAGGACUACUGGAAGAGUGGCCGCAGCAUCUGCGUCAAGACCCACGAGAGCGGUCAGAAAGAGAUUGAGAUGUUCGAUUCGGCCAUCCUGCUGAUUCGAAACCCUUACCGCUCCCUCGUGGCUGAAUUCAACCGCAAGUGUGCCGGCCAUUUAGGACACGCCACAGAUGCACAGUGGAAAAGCAAAGAAUGGCCAGAAUUUGUCUCCAGUUACGCCCCCUGGUGGGCGUCCCACGCUCUGAGCUGGGUAAAGUUUGGACGCCGCCUGCUGGUGGUGCAUUACGAGGAGCUGCAGAGAGCUCUUCUCCCUCAGCUCCAGCUCAUCACAGCCUUUCUAAACGUCAGUAUGACUGAGGAGAGGCUGCUCUGUGCCCAGAGCAACCAGGACGGCCAUUUCAAGCGCUCGGGGGCGCAGCAGCCCUCUUUUGAUCCAUUCACUCCUGACAUGAGACAGAUGAUUGACCCCUUCAUUCACACUGUUGACGAGGCACUGCAGAGCAGGAACCUUAGCGGACUUCCACAUGAAUACCUUCCCAGAUGAUGAUCUGAAAAGGUCAUACAUUAGCCCUUUUUUUUAAAUGUUCCAGCAGGGGUUUGUGAGAGAGAAGUUCUUCCCCUGAGUGCUCUGCAGGGAACAGACACACACUGGCUGAUGUAAGUGGGCCACCAGACUCUUUGAUAAGCCAGACGCGCCGUGAAUGGCCGUAGACUCAUGAAAGCAGACUGGAGGUCACUGGAGGAAACAUGAUAAUUCAUUGUGAAAUCCGAUGGUGAAGAGUGAGUAAAAGCCUCGGGGCCGGGACUGCCUCUCGGAAGAGCCGCAAAUAUGACAAAUACUCAGAGAGGAUUUGACAUGAUUUGUUGGCCUGCAGAGUUGGGAUUAUCUAGCAAAGUGCCCGACUGCACAAAUAUGAGUGGAUAAGUCCAGGAUGGACUCAUUUUAGUAGAAGAGGGUUUUCUGUGGCUCGUUAUAAUUUCACUUUAGUACGUAUACUGUGUUUAAGCAUACACCCACGUUAAUACAAAUUCAUACUAACACAGAUGACAGCCACAGCUUUAGCAUUACUUAGAUUAUACAGAAUUUCUGUGGUAAUUCACUGGUUGCUACAGGUUUGCGAUCAUGGUGGAUAGAAGCCUCAAAGCUGCUACGUGUGGCUGUAAGGACUUUCCAUGCAACAAGUUGGACCAUACAUGGACUCACAAAUAUGUUGAUCACAAUGCAACUGCUUAAAACUGUAAACUGAAAUCCAUCUGGAUCUAUGAGUAUUUUACUUCAUUACAUGCAUUCAGUUUUAUUAAAGUUGUUUACCCUCGGA